GCUUAAACGAUAACUUGCUGAACAUUUACAAGACGGAUUGGGACCUCGGGCAAACGGUAAGUUGACGUCCUGAGAUUUUGUCGGUCUUCUUGGUACGCAUUUCAGUUGAGUGUAGUUGAAUUCCAGAAAAUAUCGCCGAACUUCCGCUUCAUCAAAGCACGAUUCAAGUCAUGCUUGUUAUUUCAAUAAUGAAAAACUACUUCUGUCUUGUGCUCAGUUGAGAGGUAAUGUUUUCGUUAUCCACCACAAGCUGCAGCAAAUAAUUACAUUUAAUCCCUACAAGGUUGUGUUAAAAUCAAAAUGCAGCAUGAAAAUUUGUUAACAUAGCAAGGUCAAUUUGCUUGGUAAUUAAACUUGAACAUGUUUCGCUUUGAAUCACCUCCUUAACGAAGACAAUAGAAUGGAAAUAUAUAAACGAGAUAAAUUAGAGACAAAUUUGAAUCAAGACUGACCCUUAUCAUCGAUAAUAUCUUCAGAAAUUAAGUUAUGUAUGUUAAAUCUCUCGAUGUUCAUUUCGACCUUCAUUGAUAAGUCGCAGAAUGGCCCCGUUCUUCGAUAUUUUUCAAGUCAUGUUUACGAAUCGAAAUGCAAAUCUCUGAUUCUUGUCUGAGGAAAUCGGGGGCUGAGUUGGCUUAUACUCUGUCUAAGAUCAUUAUUGCUAAAAACAGUUUUCCUGAUCGAGUUUCAGUGCUGUUGCUAAUUUGAUCUACUUGUGGAAAGCUUUGGAAUGUACAAAACUGCCUUCUAUUUUAAUUUAGGUGCAGAAGGUCUUUUUGUUUAGAAGGAAAAAAAUAUUCCCUUCAAAGUUCAACAUUCAUUUGUGGAAAGCAAGCACAUUUAAGAAUCAGAUAGCUAUUACACUGAUAUGUUUUCUGCCUGAUAAAUGCUAGAUGUGACCAGAUGAGGUGAACUUAGGUCACUGUUGUAAACUUUGAUUGGUGCUGUUAAUCAGAUAAGGGUAAACAAUGGAAACUUGGCACUCAAGCUGAUGGGUUUUUAACUACAAUCAGUAGUAUUCUCUCUAAUAUUUCUUAUACAAAUACAGAAGUGAGAUAUCUGCAUGAAAAUUUACUGUCUCAAGAAGUAGUUUAAAGGAUGUGUUCUGGCAUCAUUUGGAGGUGGGGUGAAGUGGGUUAAUAGGCUUGACAAUUAUUUCAUACCUCUAUCCCACCUAAAAGGCCAACACAUACUUUCACAUCAAGAGAAUCAGUUUACAUUCUCUUGUUUUACAUUAAAACUAUAACAUUAAAGGUAAAUAAAAUAAUUUUUAGUUUAAAGAAAGCACACUGAUCUCUCCACACAACACACAAGUUGGAAGAUGUUGACAGCUUGCUUUUAGAUAGAGACUCACUUCAAUAAACCACUGCAUGUCCAGAGACAUUUUGAAGAACCUUGAUGCAAAUUACGUACAAGGAGUGACACUUGUUUGAAUAUUAAGACUCCUUUCGACUUCACCUCCUGGAAGCAAGGGUUUUUAAAGCAACAGUUGGAGAAAAGCCAAAAGCCAUUUUUCAUUUUAAAUUAGGAACUGAUUUUCUCUGGUUUCAUCAACACCAGACCAGUAACUGCUUAUAAACUUCACAUUGUGGUUUUGCAUGCUGCAUUUAAAAAAUUUUACCCACCUGAGGGGGAAAUAAUGGUUAGAAUACUUGCUCUUUGAAAUCUCAAACUGUGGUUUAUAGUUAAAUAUGGAGAAAUAUGGAGCAUACGUGAUGAUGAUGAUGAUGAUGAUGAAGUAUUUAUUGAAAAAAUCAGACUUAGCAGUAGUCAGUCUUUACAGUCCAAAUCAUUAAUAAAAGGGACAAUUUAAUAUCUAUGUUUACCUCUGAUGUUUAUCUUUAAAUUAUUUUCUGAUUUUGUCUGUUCACUUCUAGGAAAACUUUGAACACAGAUCCAGUUUGUUAUGAUGGCAGGACCUAGUAAUGACAAGUGCAGCAGCUCAGUGGUUUGCAGUGAAGACCCUCCACCUCUGAGUAUUACACUGAAGAAGACAAGAGAUCUGCCUAGGAAGACGACAGAUUGGAGCAUAGACCAUCUUCCAGUUGACAUUCUGCUUUUGACUGUGGAGGAUUGCGGGUUCUUGGCUAGUUAUUAUUACUUGAGAAAUCCCUUUAAAAGCUAUGAGAAAUCCAUUGGAUUUGUGUACUUUGGAAAGAUGGGUGAAGAUGAAGAUGAAGGUGGGUCCGUGAAAGUUGCCAUAGUGAGGUGUCCUAAAGAAUCUUCAGAUCCUGGAGGUUCUCAAACUGCCGCUAAAAAUGCUGUCACACUCCUGAAACCCAAGGCUACCUUUUUGGUUGGUUUUUGCUACAGUCUGAAUCUUAAUAAAGCCCAGCUAGGAGAUGUGGUGAUAUCUUCAAAGCUUACAACAGAUUUUCACAAAACCCCAGUGAGUAGGGAUGUUGGUAACCUUGUCAGAAGUGCAGCUGAUGGAUGGGAGGCACCAUUAGAAAACCCAGAAGCACGAGAAGUCAAAGUACAUUGUGAUGGAGAGAUUUUUAGUUGCUCUAAUUUGAUUGAUACUGAACAGCAGUGUCAAUCACACCCUGGGGCAAUUGCAGUUGAUAUGGAAGGAAAAGGUGAGAAUUACUCUCAAAGUUACUCUUACUUGGCUUCUGGUUGCUAGAUUCUUAAGCCAGGUUCUUGUUGGAGGCAAGGUACUCUAUACUUUUUGUUUGAGGAAACUCUUUCUUGAAUUCCAAAUUCUUACUCUUUGAUAUACUGUUAUGACCAAAAAGGUACACUGCCCGACACAUUCAUACUCUCUAGGAAGAGUGGUGCUAAUUUACAUACCUACAGAAAAACACAAAAUCUCUUAAAGACUUCCAGUAGCAAAGGAAAAAACAUAAAGAGUGAUCUGCAGAAAAACGAAGCUUCUUUUGCUCAAAUUAAUUGUAACUAUCUCCCUAUAAUAUUAUUGUUUAAAUCCAUUCCAAUCGUUAUUGCUUUUUUUUUUUUUUCAUUUUUCUACCUCAGGCCUGUUUGCAGUAGCUCAUGACAUGAAGGUGGAGUGGAUUGUUGUUAAAGGUGUUUGUGGUUUGGUACAGGGUGUUGCAUCAACAAACAAUUCAUGGAAGACUUUUGCUUGUGUUAUGGCAGCUUCUGUUGUAUCCAACAUGUUGAGUAAUUCUUUUGUGUUUAAAGACUGGCCCCAUUACGGAGGUACGUGUACAUUAUUGUAA